GGAUCAGAGACAGCACCAGUCAACAGUAAACGUCGACAACACCACUUACAAGUUGCAACAUGAUCGCUUUCAAAGCAACAGCAAUCCUCCUCCUGGUCAGCUUGGCCGCCGCCCGCCCCUCCGAAGAAUGGCAGCCUGAAGGUCACUCGCACACGGAGCACACGAAGCCCUACCAUGUGACGGUGGUGAAGAAGAUCGGCGUGCCUAUACCGCACCCGGUGGCCGUCUCCGUCCCUCAGUACGUGAAGGUGCCGAUACCUCAGCCGUACCCUGUGCAUGUCACCGUGGAACAGCCGAUCCAUGUCCCCGUUUAUAAGGUCGUUCCCCAAGUAGUAGAGAAGCCAGUGCCUUACACAGUGGAAAAACCCGUACCUUAUGAGGUCGAGAAGCCUUACCCCGUCGAGGUCGAAAAGAAGGUCGAGGUCCCCAUCCCUAAGCCUUACCCCGUCCACGUGCCCGUGUACAAACAUAUCUACCACCACAAGGGUGGCAAGCACUAAAAAAAACCUGCCAAAUUAAAAUAGGGGCAACAAAAAGAAUAUAGCUUACUAUGUAAGCAUUUCGUCAACCUGUCGGCCAUUAAAUUUUGGCUCCAAAUUAAUGCUCCAAUUGAAUUGUAAAUAAUUAUUGUAAGUACAUUUGGUGGAGAUGUAAUUCCAUCAGGAUUGACUACUGUUGAAAUGUGAUAUUUAUUGUGUGUAACAUUUUUGUUGUAUGUUGUUUUGUUGCUGUUGAUUGCAAUCGUUGUUGACUAUUGUGUAAUUGUUGUUGGUUAAUA